CGUCGCACCACUUCCUGUUGCUAAACAUGCGGCUCGGUUGGUGUUCGCUUGUUAUCUUUUCGCUUCAGAUUUGAAAAGAAGCUACCGUCUCUCAACAUGGAGGGAGCGUCGUCCUCUGCAGUGAACAACUCAAUAGACAUGACCCCGAGUGCAGAUGAAGACCCUCUCAUUGAUGGACCCCUGAUCUCUCCCGACGCCCUCCACUCUGCAAUCAGGAGAGAGUUCCAGUCGAUACCGACAGCCUGUUCUGCUGUCCUACUGGCAUUCGCACAUGUUAUAUAUAUGGUUUUGUCAGCAUGUGUAGCAGUGCUGUGUGUGCUGAAACUUGGCCCAGAGGAAGAGUGUGCGAGAUUGUUGGGGGAUAUACAAGGACAGAGUGUCAUUGUGUUUGGGAAAGUGUGUCUAUGGCUGCUGGUGCUGCUGUUUGGUAGGUGCGUGCACCACCAUCACAAUCGGGCCAGAGGCAGAGGAUACCUCCGUUUCUACAGACAGACACAAGGACUAAAGGAGCUACCUCUCAUUAUACACUCUACAGGAAAUGUGUUAAUUUUAGUUGUCCUGGCUGCCGGACUAUCAGGGCCCGUGCGAAUCUACAUGCUGCUCACCGUCCUGGGAUUGGAGCUCUUGGUGACGUUGCCAUGCCUGCUCAUUUACACAGUCAAGGUAACGAAGUUCAACAGAGAGCGAGCUGUCCCAGAUGUCAGCCGAGAGGAGCAUUCACAUACUUACAGUAACACGAGCCUACCGACGGAGACCGGCUUCAGAGAGGGCUCCAGCCUAGAGGAAGUGGUGGAGAAGCAGGCGGACCUCAUAGAGUAUCUGAAGCAGCACAAUACCUUACUGAGCAAGAGGCUGCUCAACCUCACUGCUCAGCACUGACCCCGGCCCGGCCUCCAAUUCAGCCCCGGCCGCAGCGACCUCUAAUACCCUCUCUGAAGCCAGACAACUUUGUGGAGCCGGAAACCGAUCACUUUUAACACCCAGAAGAGAGGGGAGGGGAUCCAGGGUUCGAGGGAGAGGAUUGGGGAGAGAAGAAACACCGGAUAAGAGACUAAAGAUAUCAGGUGUUUGCUUUAAGGAAAGCCUCUCACACACGCGCACGCAUGCACCCCCCCCCACCUGUGCACACACAGCGGGGCAUUAUGUUUGACGUCCUCUUAAAACCAGGAUCACCUGAGACGAACGGAUAGUAAAGGACCAAGGAGGAGAUGAGCCAACAUAAGAGAGGGGAGAGUGGUAAAAGAGAAGUAGGAGGAGAUGAGGCAAGGGUCACAGAUCAGAAGGGUUUUUUUUUUAUUACUGUGUUAUGACCCCUGGUGACCCAUGUAUGAUUGUGCUUGUGUGACUGUGAGAGGGAGCCGGAGAGCAGCCGUGGAAUUGUUUUAGAGAUUAUUUGCACUAAGCGGGGAGGAUGACAAAGCUAAGGCCAAAUGCUUCGAAAGUGAAUGGGAGGAGGAGGAAAGCGCAACAAAAGAGGCUACCACCGACCAGGCUUGGCCGACGUGAGCGAAAAAAUAGACAUUGCUGUAACCUGUCAAUGUGAUUUUAUUUGAGACUGUAUAAUUAUGUGCAUUAGCAUGGUGUGCCCACACUUUCUCAUUGUAUUGAAAUGUUUUCGUGGGGUUUUCUGUCAGUGAAGUUAUUAUUUGUAUGUUUCUGGGUUCCAAUAAAUCUUUUGCUGAGAUAUUUGCUUUAGGAGUCCUGUUAUAUAGCAUCCAGCAUGAUUCAGUGACAUGCAAUGUAAAGAUAUAUGAUAAGAUAACCACAAGGAAGUGAAUGCAAUCUUGAGUUUUGUCAGUGUGAUCACUUUCACAAU